AUGCACCAACCGCCACCCAACACAAUUCACAAUGCGUCACAAAUCAGCGUUAACGGAACCCAACUGCAAGUGGAGGACAACUUUACGGAUCUAGGCAGCACCCUUUCCCGCAGCACGAAAAUCGGGAAUGAAGUGGUCCGCUGGAUUACCAAGGCCAUUCAAGCCUUCGGCCGCCUCCAAAGCACAGUUUGGAUUCGUCAUGGUCUCCAACUAACCACGAAGCUGAAGAUGCACAAGGCCGUCAUCCUCCCGACGUUGCUGUACGGAGCAGAGACUUGGAUGGUGUACACAAAGCAGGCACGCCGACUCAACCACUUCCACCUCAGUUGCCUCCGCCACAUACUGAGACUGAGCUGGCAGGAUCCUAUCCCCGACGCUGAUGAGCUGGAACGGACUGGGAUAGUCGGCAUUUACACCAUGCUGAGACAAAUGCAGCUGCGCUGGAGCGGCCACCUGGCGCGCAUGGACGACGAGCGACCACCCAAACGACUCUUCUACGGAGACAUCGUCACGGCGGGUUCUCGCCGCCAAGGAGGCCAAAUCUGUCGAUACAAGAAUACUCUAAAGUCCUCCCUGAAGCGUCUGCAAAUCAAUCCGGCCAACUGGGGAGACCUCGCCCGAGACUGA